AUGACGGAGCGCACGGUGCUGGUGCCGCCGACGCGGCGCGAGCAAAUGUCGCUAGAAGAACAAGAAUUCUAUCGUGACUACUGUGUCCGUGAUGGUAUUGAGGACUGGGACGUACUCGAUGAGGAAAAGUGGUCGGCCUACCGCCGCCUCGAGUCGUUCCGGCGCAUCGUCGCAUGGUGGCGCGGCGAGGGCUGGCGCGGCUACCACAACUACAUCGGCACCCCGAUCAUGUAUCCAGGCUGCUCUAAUGAGACGGUGGAUGCAGUGCUGAGCAGCCCCGACGUCCAGCGCACCAUUUACGAAAUUGCACAGCAGCGGGCACGCAUGCUCCUCGCGUGUGUGCGCGAUGGAAAAGUGUCGCCCGAGUACGUCAAGACCUACCUUCAGGAUCCGAGCGUGGACGAGGAUCCGUACGUGGAUCCCCUGCGUGUGUCGGCUGCACAGCCCCUCGACCGCUACCUCGGCGACGCGAAGCGCCCAGACGGCGUGUCGCUUACACAGAAUUUCUACACACAGAUGCGCCUGCGUCUCGAGAGGGAGCUUACACGCAAGGCGAAGAAGGUGGUGGAAGUGAGCGCGGCGCGCAUGGACUCAAUGACGUUUUUGCGCGCGUUUGGCGCCUCGGUGAACGAGAUGCUCGUGACAAUGUACAAUUACGGCACGCAUGUGCGCAUGGACCAGGUGCUAGAGCUGCGGCGCAUUGCCCAAGAGGCGGCGGCCAAGAAGCAGAGCAUUGUGUUUUUGCCGUGCCACAAGUCGCACAUUGACUACCUGGUCCUCUCCUGGAUCCUCUUCCGCAUCGGUCUUGCGGUGCCGCACAUUGCCGCCGGCGACAACCUCGACAUGCCGGUCGUGGGCACGAUUUUGCGCAAAGGCGGUGCGUUCUUUAUCCGCCGCAGUUUCCAGGGCGACACGCUGUACCCCGUUGUGAUGAAGGAGUACAUCAUGAACCUCCUGGCCCAAGGCUACAAUAUGGAAAUGUUUAUCGAAGGCACGCGCUCGCGUACCGGCAAGCUCCUCCCGCCCAAGUACGGUAUCCUGAAGUAUAUGAUGACCGCCCUGCGCGAGAACCGCACGUCGGACAUUUUGCUGUGCCCGGUGAGCCUGCAAUAUGAUUCGGUGAUCGAGGCCGAGUCGUACGUCGAUGAGCUGCUCGGCAAGCCGAAGCAGUCCGAGUCGCUGUACGGCCUCGUGACCGGCGGCUCGGCCAUCCUCCAGCUCAAGAUGGGCCGCAUCGACGUGCGCUUCAAGAAGCCGUGGAGCAUGCGCGAGUUUCUCGACCAAGAAGAAAAGCUGCGCGUCGGCGCGCCUUCCAACGAGCUCGACAUGCAGGUGCUCAAGUCGCUCGGCUACCAGGUGCUCUCGGACAUCAACUCGAUUUCGGUGAUUAUGCCUGCGGCCAUGGUCGGCACGGUGAUCCUCACGAUGCGUGGCCGUGGUAUCGGCCGCUCGGCGCUGAUCCACGGCUUUACGCAUCUGCGCGAGCGCAUCAUCCACAAAGGCUACGAGGUCGCAAACUUUGGCCUGCAGAGCAUUCCCGAGAUUGUCGACCGUGCGCUGUCGCACAUGAAGGCCCUCAUCAUCGAACACAAGAACCUGCUCGAGGUGACCAUCGAGCCGGUCAAGAUGUUUGAGCUGUCCUUUUACCGCAACCAAAUCAUGCAUAUCUUUGUCCACGAGGCGCUGGUGUGUGCCGCAAUCUAUACGCGUGUCAAGCUCGGUGGCCCGACGCCGAUGCAGUGCAUCUCGUACGAGGACCUGUACACUAAUUGUUCCUUCAUUUCCAAGGUCCUCCGCGACGAGUUCGUGUACGAGACCACGCCGCUCGAGACCAACAUCCAGCGCUCGGUGCAGCAGAUGCUCGACAACCACGUCCUCGAGCUGUCGCAGAACGACGGCCCGGGUUCUGCGACGUUUGAAGACUGGAGGGCGGGCCGCGCGCUGCUCGGUAUCUCGGAGCAGGAGCGCCGCAACGGCCGCGAGACGUUCGACAUGUACCUCUUCUUGAUCUGGCCGUACGUCGAGUGCUACUGGCUCGCGGCCGUGACACUCUUGUCACUUGCGCCGCAGGCGCGCGAGGCGCGCCCCGGCACUUCCCCCAACGCAGUCGAGCAGCCGUACGCCGACAGCCCGGGCAUGGAGCACGUCCGCCGCCUCCCGUGGUUCCUCUACAAAGAUCUGCUGCCUUGCACGCAAAAGAUCGGCAAUACCCUAUACCGCCAAGGCGAGCUGAGCUACUACGAGGCGAUCAACAGUGCGACGCUUGCGAAUGCGUUCUCGCGCAUGGAGCAGAUGGACAUGCUGCUCAUCCGCAAGACCGAGGAGAAGAAACCUGCACGCCUCGUUACACUGCACCCGAACUGGGUGCCGCACGUGGAGUAUAUCCAGCAGCUCGCGCCGAACGAGGAGUCGGCCUACGUCCCCGACCUGCCCGAGGACCAGGCGCUGGUCGGCCGCCUGGUCACCUACUUUAACCAGCUCGUGGCUUUCCGUCGCGAGGGUAAGGACCGCCGCAACCAGAGCGGCAGCUCCAAGAUCUUUGAGCACGUCUUUACAGGCGGGCCCAACAUCGUCCACUGGGACAAUCUGGACCUGCGCAAGCUCGGCGGCGAGUCGCUGCCGCAUCUAUAG